AAUUUUCGUCUUCUUCCUUCUUGCUCUCUGCAACAAUACCAACAAAGAGACCCUGCUGUUUCAUCGAUCGAGUCCGUAAUCGCGUACCCCGCUGUGUAUCUCGCGUACCUAGAUUACGUGAAUCAAGUCGCGCACACAACCACUCAGCAAUUUACCCACCCUAACACCAUAAAGACACCAAAGGUCUCCUUCAAUCGUCGGUAGAAGCAUCCAGCAUUACCCAGCGAACAUGGCCCACCCUGCAACUUCUGCCAUCACCAUGGCCUUUGAUUCUUCAUCCUACACCGGCGGCAUGGCCAAACACUCUACCGUCAGCAACCUCUCUGCUGCUGUGGCCAGACACGGUGCCGGCAUGCCACUCACACCCCCUAACUCCGUAUCUCCGGGCUUGCCUGCAGUCGCGCAGGCCGGCCUGCUCUCGCCGCCUCCCAUUCGUAUCGACGAAGAGGACGGCUCUCGUUCGGCUCUUCCCCUCAGCAAGGGCGCUCUUUCGGGGCUGGACGCCUCGCAGUCCAUUACCGCGUCCAUGCUUGCAAAGCACCAUUUGCCAGGCAUCAUGCUCGGACAUGGACCUGUCGCGAUCAGGCACGUCAUGGCCUGUUUGACGCAGUCCGUUCCUGGAUUCUCGCGCAUACCACCAGCAAAGGCACGCAGGUUGGUUGUCGCAGCCUUGGAGAACAGGGCGGGCGGUGGUGCUGAUGGCGGCGUCGUGUUUGAAAAGGUAGGAUGGGGCAGAUGGGACGCACACACAAAGGGCGAACGCCCUGAUCUGAGCUCAAGCUAUCGAGCCGGAAAGCUUUCCCCGCCACCCAGCGAGCCCGGAAGUUAUGCUGCCUCGUACUCGGGAUCAGGCUUUCCUGGCUCAUUCAAACCCCAGGAAGGCCAUCAGCUCAACAGUUGGGCAGAGUCAUCGAUGGCUUCCCAUUACGACGACCACCUAGAGAACAUGAGCAUGGAAGAGAACGAGGCAGACAAGAUGUCUCUCGAUGGCUCCUCAUCAGCCAUGUCUGAGGACGACUCCGUGACUUCCGAUAGUGAGGGCGACGAGACCGAAGAAGAGGAUUGGGCUGCGAUGGGACCAGAUGCUUUGCGCAAGGCUUCCGUGUCAACAGCGGCCUCUCCUGGUACCAGAAGAAACUACAACCUGAUCAGUAUUCCAGGAUCCUUGCACGAAGCACGAACAGCAUCUGUGUAUGGAAGUGCUGGCGGCGCUAGGUCGUCACUCUUAGCAAGAUCGACACCUCAGUUCGCCAGAAGGCCAUCCGCAAUGAGUUAUACUCAGCACCGAGGUAGUGUCAACCAGGUCCCUCCUAGUCAUGGCACCACUCCGAUGGAAAUCGACCGGACUACUCAGGAGCGUGAAGCCAUCGAGGCCCUCUUGCGUAUGGGCUCAGCAUAGGCGAUGGUUGAUGGCCGCUAAGUGGAUGUCCUCGUUCCAUCUAUUUCUUCUCCUUGUGGGUUCGAUGGUCGUUUUGUCUUUCGUCUCGGCUGGUAGACUCUGCGUGGGUCCUGGAUUGACAUGGGUGGCGUCUUUUUUUUUUGGUUUACGUUGUUGCGGCAUCUCCAUUCUUGUUGUCCCUGUUGUUAAGGCGAGCAUUUUUUUUUAUGUUUGUGACGAUGGCAUGCAUGAGAGAUGAUUGAAAGAGAGAAUAUGCAAAUAAUCAAGGAGGGUUGGAAACGAGAAUGAUGACCAGCGAAGGUGGAGAAGAAGGUCUUGAGCUCGCACCUACUGUCGAUAUCGCAAGCG